AUGAGCGUGGUGCUGUCAGGGGUAACCACAUCUGUCAACCGUUCUUGGCCAAUAAAGAGCGGAGCGAGGCGGACCUCAGGUGCGCGCCUCUGCGUCCCCUUGGCACGGCGCCAGGGAGAACGAGAGAGAAUCCUAGCUGCCCCGUGGCGGAAAAGAGUAACUGUCAAAGGCAGCUUCUUUAACAAGAGAGCUAUCACUUCGGCUCCGAGAGUUAUGGCGACCGCAGCGUCCAACCACUACAGCGUCCUGACUACCCCCAGCAGCGCGCCGCCGCCGCACUCGGAGUCCGGGAGCAUGCAGCAGUCAGCGGCGUACAGGGACGCGCACACCCUGCUCCAGAACGACUACACGCUACCCGGCAGCGGUCAUCCCCUCAGCCACGCGCACCAGUGGAUAACGGCUCUGUCGCACGGGGACGGGGCUCCGUGGCCGUCGAGUCCCCUCGGAGAACAGGACGUGAAGCCAAUUCUACAGAGCGACCGGGAGGAGCAGCAGAAUUCCGCUAGUCUACAGCAACAGCAGCAGCAGCGACAUCCUCACCUAGCGCACCAGGCGCAUCACGACGCCAGGGCAUGGCGAACGAGCACGGCCACCACGCACAUCCCCGGUAUGGCGACGUCUGACGGCCAGAGCCUGGUGUAUUCCCAGUCUGGGUUCGGCCUGGGGGGAGCAGAGCAGAUGCACCACCACUCCUUGCGGGACGAAGACCACCACAGCCACAGCCCGCACCUGAGCGAGCAUGGAGGUGGGGGCCAGUCGUCUCUCUCGCACCACCAGCACGGGGGACACCCCGACCACUCGGACGAGGACACGCCAACUUCAGACGACCUGGAGCAGUUUGCCAAGCAGUUCAAGCAGCGGCGCAUCAAACUGGGCUUUACCCAAGCUGACGUGGGGCUAGCGCUCGGGACCCUGUAUGGAAAUGUAUUUUCCCAGACCACUAUCUGCAGGUUCGAGGCGCUUCAACUAAGCUUCAAAAACAUGUGUAAACUCAAACCACUGCUUAACAAGUGGCUGGAGGAGGCGGAUUCCACCUCCGGGAGCCCCACCAGCCUAGAUAAGAUCGCGGCGCAGGGGAGGAAGAGGAAAAAAAGAACCUCCAUCGAGGUGGGCGUCAAGGGGGCUUUGGAGAGCCAUUUUCUCAAAAGUCCCAAACCCGGCGGCGCAGAGAUCACCUCCAUAGCGGACAGCCUGCAGCUGGAGAAAGAAGUUGUGAGGGUUUGGUUUUGUAACAGACGGCAGAAAGAGAAGAGGAUGACGCCCAUUGGAGGACAGUUACCUGGAACUGAGGACAUGUAUGGGGACACACCACCUCACCACGGCGCUCAAACCCCUGUACAAUGAUCUGAAACCCGUUAUAGUAAACACACGGAUCCCUAAAGGAUAUGAAUGACCUUUAUGUUUCUCUGCCGGGCCAGUUAGCAUUGGACUGUCGCCAGUGCUAAUUUUGGACCUAUGGAACACAGUGGGAAUACCGAGUGUUGGAACUAAAGCACUACACCCCAGACACAGCGAGAGCUAUGUGGAGUUUUCAUGCAGUGGAGAUGCUACGCGCAAUAACGGCAACAUGGACCGUGUUUGGUGUGUGUGCUAACCAAAAAAAGGUUAAAUAUCAUUGACAUCAAAUCGAUGUUAUGGCCAAGACGUGUAAAAAAAGAAAGACAGUAUAGGCUGUGUGCACGAGCCUACCCGCGGGAAACAGGCAUACAAGUUGCAGCCGACAGUCGGUAAAUAAACGCCAUCUUUCAGUCAUAACAAAAGCAACAGGGGUUUAACACGGUCGAAGCUCAAUACACCUGCUGAACCAUUUAAUACUAGCCAGUGCCAUCACCAGCGUAUUAUUAUUUCACCUAUUCGUAUUGUUAUUAUCAAUGUAUUAUUAUUAUUAUUAUUAUUAUUAUUAUGUUUCUACCACAAAGGCAAAGCAUAUACCAUGGUUAUACUGUGUAUUUCCAGAGUCAUAAGGCAUGCAUACAUGGGAAAAGGGACAUGGGAUAUAUUGAGAUGUAUU